UUAUUUCAAUGGAUUCUCUUGCUAUUCGACAUAAGGUUGAACAUUGGUUUGGAUCUUAUGUGCCUCAACAUGUGGAAAAGAAACAAGUGAAGACGAUUGGCUCAGCGAUUAUAAUCACUUGGAUAUCAUAUAAGAUAACAUCUAAACUAUAUGAUGCUUACUUUGGAAAUCUCAGUGGAAUCCCUGGUCCGUUUUAUGCCAAGUUUUUUUCUAUUCCAAGAGCUUUUACUGAUAUACCACGUGGAACAAGUUACCGUCGAAUGAAGGCUUUGCACGAAAAGUAUGGCACUGUAGUGAAAAUCAACCCUACUACGAUUGCUGUGUCUGAUAAAGAUUGGAUCAAAGAAAUACUGGUCAAAGAUGAUUUACCUAAAGGUCCCGCUUAUAGUUCACUACAAGACGAUGAUGGCCAGACAUUAUUCAAUACAAGAGACAAAGUAUUCCACAAACAACGUCGUAGAAUUGUAUCUCCAGCAUUUGCAAUCAAAUACCUCAACUCUCUUGAACCAUUUAUGGACUCUUGCACUGAAGCAUUUAUACACAGGAUAGAUAGAGAUAUUGCACAAACAAUGUCUCAGCCAGAUGGGUUUGGUACUGUUGAUAUAUGGUCUCUCUUGGCGUGCUUAGCACUGGAUAUUAUUGGAAAUACUGCAUUUGGCGAAUCUUUCAACAUGGUUGAUACAAAUGAUCAUUUUAUUCCUCUAGCCAUCAGCAAAGGUAUGCGGUUUGCUCCAAAGUUGAUCAUGUAUCCCUUUCUCGGUACGCUGGUCAAGAUUUUCCAUUUAAACAGCUCCCCACAAUUUGACAAGUUUAUGCGUGACCUGAUCACGAAAAGAUUGACAAGUCAUCAACGUCGGGAUGACAUUCUACAGAUUUUGAUCGAUACUCAACAAGCAUCACAUCAAGAAGACCGUCUCACUGUAGAUGCUAUCAUUGGUGAAGUGAUUCUUUUCCUUAUUGCUGGAUCUGAAACAACUUCUAAUACUACUGGGUUUGCCAUUAUUGAACUCUUACGACAUCCAGACAAAAUGGAAAGAUUACGAGCUGAAGUGGAUACAGUACCUUUGGAAGAAAAGAAUUUAUUACAUACUCACAAUCAACUGAAGCACUUACCUUUCCUCAAUGCUGUCAUCAACGAAACUAUGCGUCUCAAUACUAUUGCUUCCAAUGGAUUACAACGAAUUACUGACUCGGACAUUGUGUUGGGUGGCAAAUUAUUUGUUCCCAAAAAUACAGUUGUGAUUUGUAGUCUCAAUCAUGCACAAAGAAAUCCGGCUUACUGGCCUCGUGCUGAAGAAUUCCUUCCAGAACGCUGGCUUGAUGAUGCAGAAACACCUCCUUGUUUGGACGCCUUUUAUCCUUUUAGUGCUGGAACUCGAAACUGUAUUGGAAAACAAUUUGCUCUUCAAGAAAUGCGUAUCACACUUGCAAUGUUGAUCCGUCGAUACGAAUUCAAGGCGAUCCCAGAAGAACUUGAACAUGCAAAGGAUGUACGUCAAUUUAUCACUCUUACGGUGGAAAAAAAUAGUUUCAAGGUCUUGAUGAAGAAACGAAAUAUCUAACCAUGAUGAUGAUGUUUAGUGGGAUAGACUUUAUAUGUAUUAUUUUUGUAGUUUAUGAAAUAAAACAAUCUUCUUAUCUUAUGUUA